CGGAGGCCGGGGUGGGUGUGAACGGCCGGCCUGGCUCUCGGAGAGGGGCCUGGGAAUGGCCCGGUCGGCGGUGGGCGGGAGCCGCAGAGGCGGUGGCGGAGGCAGGGGGCGGUGAGCACGGCGUGGAGCUGCCCCUCCCCGGAGGCGGCGGUGGCGGCCGGGGCCGCACCGCACCGCACCGCACCGCGCGGGCGGCUAUGGAGCGAGCCUGAGGCCCCGCAGAAGAAAAAGAGUGGCCUGUCUCUAGACCUAAAGUAUCUUGGGAGUGCUUGAGGAAUUAUGGAGGUGCUUCAGUGAAGACGUAUGUAAUCAUGGAGUCUCCCUGCUAAUCAUCACCACCUGUUCUCCCUGAUAAGCUAGAGAGGGUGGGUCAGGGGAGAAGGAAAAGAGGUCAACAUGAAGCUAAAGCAACGAGUCGUGCUGUUAGCAAUACUCCUUGUCAUCUUUAUCUUCACCAAAGUUUUCCUGAUUGACAACUUAGAUACAUCUGCUGCCAACCGAGAGGACCAGAGGGCUUUUCACCGAAUGAUGACUGGCUUGCAGGUGGAGCUGGUACCUAAGCUGGACCACACCCUGCAGUCUCCUUGGGAAAUUGCAGCCCAGUGGGUAGUGCCCCGGGAAGUGUACCCUGAAGAGACGCCAGAGCUGGGGGCAAUCAUGCAUGCCAUGGCCACUAAGAAAAUCAUUAAAGCUGAUGUGGGCUAUAAAGGGACACAGCUAAAAGCUUUACUGGUACUUGAAGGAGGACAGAAAGUUGUCUUCAAACCUAAGCGGUAUAGCCGAGACUAUGUGGUAGAAGGGGAGCCAUAUGCUGGCUAUGACAGACACAAUGCAGAGGUAGCAGCCUUUCAUUUGGACAGGAUUUUGGGUUUCCGUCGAGCUCCCUUGGUGGUUGGCAGAUUUGUUAAUCUGCGGACAGAGAUCAAGCCUAUUGCCACGGAGCAGCUGUUGAGCACCUUCCUAACUGUAGGAAACAAUACUUGUUUUUAUGGAAAGUGCUAUUACUGCCGAGAAACAGAGCCAGCAUGUGCUGAUGGAGACACAAUGGAGGGAUCCAUCACACUUUGGCUUCCAGAUGUGUGGCCUCUGCAGAAACAUCGACACCCCUGGGGCAGAACUUACCGAGAAGGCAAAUUGGCCAGAUGGGAAUAUGAUGAGAGCUACUGUGAUGCUGUGAAGAAAACAUCUCCCUAUGACUCAGGCCCUCGUCUCUUGGACAUCAUUGACACUGCUGUCUUUGAUUACUUGAUUGGUAAUGCCGACCGCCAUCACUAUGAAAGCUUUCAAGAUGAUGAAGGUGCAAGUAUGCUUAUUCUUCUUGAUAAUGCCAAAAGCUUUGGGAACCCCUCACUGGAUGAGAGAAGCAUUCUCGCCCCCCUCUACCAGUGUUGCAUCAUUCGGGUUUCUACGUGGAAUAGACUGAACUACCUAAAGAAUGGAGUGCUAAAGUCUGCCUUAAAAUCUGCCAUGGCCCACGACCCCAUCUCCCCCGUGCUCUCUGAUCCUCACUUGGACGCUGUGGACCAGCGGCUCCUGAGUGUCCUGGCCACCGUGAAGCAGUGCACUGAGCAGUUUGGGAUGGACACUGUGCUGGUGGAAGACAGGAUGCCUCUCUCCCACUUGUAAUUGUCAACACAAAAUAAGUGAAACUUAUUUUUACAAAGAUAGAGAAACAGCACAAUCAAUUCCAAAUGGCAUGCAAGGCCUGGAAGUGGUCAGCAGCAAGCUGUGGUGGCAGAGGACAGGGUAGUCUUGGGAGUGCUUGUGUCCUCUGUAGUGGAAGCUAAAGUAAAGACCACAAGUUUGAGAGCAUGAGCUGUGUCUGCGGAAUCACCUUCUGACUCCUCAGCAUUUCUGGCAGCAUACCAACUUUGGUCAGUCUUUAUUCCUAUGCCAAAGGACAAACAGAGCAGUGACAUUUGGAUAGGGGAAUGCUGGAUUGCUUCCAGAGUGUGUAUUUUGAGUGAACCUUGCAGUUCUUUCCUGUACCUGUGAUUUUAAACACUGCAGUCUCUUUUGUCUUUUUCUUUUAACCAGGACCAGUCAAAUUGGAAAACUUACUGCCUCUUCCAGAGUGGCAGCAAAUAAAACCUUUCAUUCUGUUGAUCCAAAAUAGCUACUGUGCUGGAGGAGAUCCAUUUUUAAGGUAGAAGGAACGUAAAAGCAGGAAGAUGGGGGCUCGCCUAUUGUGUAUUGUGGAUUUGAUGAUCUCAGGGAAGGGAAGAAGAGGGAAGGACCCAGUCUGUAGAAGCAGGAACAACAGGAAGAUGAUUGACUUAGUGAAAGCAAGUUCCCCUAGGUUCAGGUUCUUAGUUGUGUCCAAAGCAAAUAUGAUUUUGUAACAAAGUAAAAUCUUCAAAUCCCCCAGUUGUGUUCCAAUUAACCAAAAAAAUGUCUUAGAGAAAAUACUGUUGCAACACAAGCAUUAUUCUGUAUGGACACUAGUGAUAUGUGCCGCACCCUUCCCCGCCCAGCCUUUUGCCUAAAGUAAGCAAAUACAAAUUAAACAAACUAAAAUAAUAUCCUGAACAAGUCAGGCUGCCUGUGAUCUCUGCCAUCCUUGUUUUUCUUAUUUCAAUCCACCCCAUGGUGAUGUUUAUUUUGAGAUAAAAUCUCACUCCAGCCCAUGCUGGUCUGGAACUCACAAACCCAGGCUGGCAUUGACCUGGCAGCAAUCAGUCUCCCACAUGCUAAGAUUAUAGGUAUGAGCCAUCAUGGCCAGCUCUUACUUCUCUCCUAAGGUGAAUUCAUACAACUGGCCUGUGAGGCCUUUGAUCAUUGAUGCUGCUAUUCCCAGGAGACUGAUGACCUUGUUUGUGCCUUUCUUGUGAGAAAGGGGACUAGGAGACAGGAGAUCAUGAAUGUCCUGCUAGUAGCUAAGCUUGUAACAGGCCCUACAGCUGAGUAGAAUCAAAGAUUUUUAGCUUUUUGAGUCUUGGAAUUUAGGAGAUUGCCAGAAAGAGCCUUAAGCUUUUGAUUUAUAUCAAAUCCUGAUUGCAUCCUUCUCAUUUGGAGUCUGAACCCAUGAGUAGUACAGUUCUUUCGUCUCCACAUUUUGGUUUAGUUUGUAUGUUCUGGUGAAGUAUGUUUUGAAAAUUGCAAAGCUAGGGAAUAGCCUGGGAAACCCCUCUACCUAUACUCAGAGUUGUGUGCCUUCUUUCUGCACCUUAUGUCACCCCAGUUCUGGACUUCUGUCAAGACAAGCAUUUUAGCAGUGUGUUCAAACACAUUUAAUGCCAGCUACUGAGACCAGUUUUAGGCAACUACCCCAGCUUUCUCACAUCGGAACUGAGUAGCUUAUAACUAAUUUAAAAUGGCAUGAAAUUAGGAAAAGUUUAAAUAUUUAUGUACAUUUUGAGGUGGAUUAAAGAAUGGAUUGAGUUAAAAAAGAAACUCAGGGUAUUGAACUUAGAAAACAAAUAUUAGCACAAAACACUGAAACAGUGUUAACAAAAGGAGGCAUUGAUGUCAGUUUUUGGGCCACUUGCUGUGUGUAUCCAAGGAAACGUACAAUUCAGCUUGAGAAUUCCUUGGUUGGUGCUUGCCCCAAAGCAGGGCCAGCUGUGGGGAACAGAGGACCACAGUCUUCUCUGCUCCUCAGUGUAACUAAAUUGCCAAUUAGCUUUCUGUCAGACACAUGUUGCUGAAAUGAAUAAGAACUGUUCCCAGACUAGGAAUUCAUAAUGCUGAAGGCAGAAGAUUCUGAGGUAAAUCCGCUGCUUUGAAAAAAAAUGUCUCAGCCAGGUGUGGUGGUGCGUGCUCUCCUCAGCACUCAGGAGGGAGAGGAGGCAGGUGGAACUUUGUGAGAUGGAGGCCAGCCUGGUCUUCAUAGUGAGAGCCUGUCUCAAAAAAGAAAGUCAUUCUUCAGAGCAGUCGCAGAAAGUGGUAUUGUCAUCACAUUCUUCUUAACUAUUUUCAAGCUCAUGGUAUUAGAUGUUCAGAUCCACAGUGGCUAAAAUUUGAAUUACGCCAAUAGAAGGUGUGACAUAAUGGUGAGAAUACAAAUUUGCGUUCUAAGUUAGUAUUGGGAAAAGUAUAUUUAAGUGAAUUUUUUUUGCCUGGGGGCAGGGAGAGGGGAUGGACCCAACUAGAUGCUUAUAGCUCCAAAUUUAUAGGCACAAAGCACUGUUUGAAAAAAGAGGUGGAGGUCGGGCAUGGUGAUGCCCGCCUUUAGUCCCAGCACUUGGGAGGCAGAGGCAGGUAGAUCUCUGAGUUCAAGGCCAGCCUGGUCUACAUCAUUCCAGGCCAGCUGGGGCUACAGGGAGACCCUGUCUCAAAAAAAGACCAAAAAAGAAAAAAAGAGAUAGAGGCAUUUUCUAGAAGUUUAAGCAUGUGGUCUGUUCUCAUGAAGUCACUAGAGGAUUGUGAUUGGCUUUAAGUUAGGUUUGUUGACUUACACAGAUGGUUAUAUUUUAAUAUAAAACCCGGAAAACUGAGCUUAUUGUUGUUUCCUGAUCUCCUACUUCUUAAAAAAUGUGUAUUCCAGAGUUUAAGUGGGGGAAAUUGGGUAUAGAAGUUUUAUUCUAAAACUCUAAUAUGAGGCUGCAUUGAACUUUGGGAAGAGGGGUAUAAAUAAUUUUCUUUGCAAAAUAAUAGAUUGUCAUUUGCUGAAAGCAUUCAGUAUAUUUUAAAAUAUAUCUCCCUGUUUGCACUCGGGGUUAAUGUCAGAUUCAAUUUUAAGAAGAAAAUGGAGAAAUUCAAGUACAUUUAUUACAGAUUUAGGAAAGCUGAAUCCUGUACAUGACAAUUUCUCAAUUUCCUAAUGCUGAAGGCAUCGUUAUCAUCCAAAGAAACUUAUGUUUUCUUUAAAACACACUAGCUUCCCCUCCCUGAGCACCAUAUUCCUUUAGCUACCCUUCCAACUCCUCCCUGGGUCCUCUUUGAUCAGCAAAUAACCACUUAGUGAUAGUAAAAUAACUGCUGUCAGCAAGCUGUGUUGUGAGUCCUGUGAUCCUAGGUUUCAGGAAACAUGGAUACAGGUGUAGGGAUUAAUAUAACAAGGAAAAUGGAUUUAUUUUGAUACAAGGGAAUACUGACUUAUAUUGAAGGAGGACUUGGAGCUAAUAAAAGGUUUUCUUAGUCUCUGUGAGUUCAUUCAGUGAAUACCUAAACAGUCUGCUUAAGCCAGGUAGCCAGACUCUAUGAAACUUGCUCUGUGAGAGAGACUGGCUUUUCUUCCUUCCGUUUCUCAAGUCUGGGUGGUGAGUAAGGGCUGGGCACUGUACUGUCACAAGUUUUUAGUAACUAAGGUGUUCCUCGCAAAAAAACAUUGAGGGAAAUUAGGAAUGACUUACUGGGAAGCUAAUUUAUUUGUCUAAAGGGCAGUAUGGGAAUUGCUAUCCUCUUGUUUGAUCUGCCAAGGAUUUCCUCUCAGAGCUGUUGCACAAACAGAGGUUGUACUUGGUAAGACACCAAACAGCAAAUACCCAAAUUUCUAAUGUGUUCUAUGGGUUUCAAUUCUGAAAAAAUAAAGAUUUUAAUAUAUA